AACACAACUUGCUCAAAACCACCAACCGAAUUGCCCGUGGCAUUUUUAAUGAGUCCUACUCUCUUCCCCACUUUGCUUCAGCUGCUUCUUGAUCAUGGGGCUUCCAGGGUUUAUCAGGGGUCUUAACUUCCUUCAUAGAGCCAAACCCAGAAUCAGAGUCUACCCUUCUGGCUACAUUCAAAGGGGAUUCUCAGACUCCAAAUUUCUCAACAGCAAUGACUCUGUUCUUCCUGUUUUGGUCGUUGGUGCAGGACCUGUUGGCCUCGUUCUCUCUAUUCUUCUCACCAAAUUUGGGGUAAAAUGCACGGUUUUGGAGAAAAACAAGCGGUUUUCCAAGCACCCACAAGCUCAUUUUAUCAAUAACCGAACUAUGGAGGUGUUUCGGAAAUUGGACGGAUUAGCAGAGGAGAUUCAAAGGUCACAACCACCUGUAGAUUUUUGGAGAAAAUUUAUAUACUGUACUUCCCUCACUGGUCCGAUACUAGGUUCAGUGGACCAUAUGCAUCCUCAAGAUUUUGAGAAAAUUGUUAGUCCAAUAUCUGUUGCGCACUUCUCACAGUACAAGUUAACUAGGUUACUUGUUAAGCUGUUGGAGAACCUUGGUUUCCAAAUUUGCACAUCAGAAGGUCCAGAAGGCCUUGAGCAUGAGCUACUCAGGGGAAGGGAAAUCUUGAUGGGGCAUGAGUGUGUCUCCGUAGAAAUGACUGGUCUAUGUGUUACUGCAACUGUUUCUUUUUCCAAGGAAGGCAAGUUGAUGACAAAAAAAAUAAAGUCUAAAAUUCUUGUUGGUGCUGAUGGCGCUGGAAGUACUGUGAGAAAGCUCGUUGGAAUAGAUUUAAAAGGUGAAAAAGACUUGCAAAAACUUGUUAGUGUUCAUUUUUUGAGCAAUGACCUUGGGCAAUACCUGCUUAAUGAGAGACCCGGUAUGCUAUUUUUCAUUUUCAACACUGAAGCUAUUGGGGUUCUUGUUGCUCAUGAUCUUAAGCAAGGGGAAUUUGUAUUACAGGUCCCAUUCUAUCCUCCUCAACAAAACCUGGAAGAUUUCAAUCCUGAGAUAUGCAAGAAGUUAAUAUUCAAACUGGUCGGUCGAGAGCUUUCAGAUAUAGACGUGAUUGAUAUUAAGCCAUGGAUGAUGCAUGCUGAAGUUGCUGAGAAGUUUGCAUGUGGCAACAAUCAAGUAAUACUUGCUGGAGAUGCUGCUCACCGUUUCCCUCCUGCUGGUGGUUUUGGGAUGAAUACUGGAAUCCAGGAUGCCCAUAAUCUGGCCUGGAAAAUUGCUUCUCUACUAAAAGGUGUCGCAUCAUCUUCUUUGCUGGCCACAUAUGAAACAGAACGUAAGCCGAUUGCCAUUUUCAAUACAGCUCUUAGCAUUCAGAACUUCAGAGCAGCGAUGGCAGUUCCUGCAACUCUAGGUCUCGACCCAACUGUUGCAAAUUCAGUGCACCAAGUUAUUACUAAGGGGGUUGGUUCCAUUUUACCAUCUGGCUUGCAGAAGGCUAUUUUGGACGGAAUUUUUUCAAUAGGUCGUUCACAGCUUUCAGAAUUCAUUUUAAAUGAAAAUAACCCACUUGGAUUGUCAAGGCUUGCAAAACUAAGGCAUAUAUUUGAAGAAGGAAAGAGCCUUCAACUCCAGUUUCCUGCUGAGGAUCUUGGCUUUAGGUACCUUGAAGGAGCACUUGUUGCAGACAGCAAGGAUCCUGUGCGUGCUCCUGAAGUGCCUACUGGUCGUCGAAGGGAUUAUGUUCCCUGUGCAGAUCCAGGGUCAAGGCUGCCUCAUAUGACUGUCAGGGUUUUGUCAAAUCUUCCAAGUGAGGAAACCAUUUCUACACUUGAUCUUGUGUCUGCAGACAGAGUUGAGUUCCUUCUCAUGAUAGCACCAGUGGAUGAGUCUUAUAAUCUUGCUUGCGCUGCAUUCAAGGUUGCUGAGGAAUGUAAAAUCUCUACCAAGUUGUGUGUAAUAUGGCCAGCAGGUACUGUUACUAGGGUUCAGCCGGGGAGCAAAUUAACAUUAGCACCUUGGAAGAACUACAUAGACAUUAUUGAGGUUCAGAGGUCAUCAGAUUCAUUGUCCUGGUGGAGAACUUGUCAUAUGACGGAGAAAGGAUCUAUUUUAGUCAGGCCAGAUGAGCAUAUUGCAUGGCGUUCAAAGUCAAGUAUUGUAGGGGAUCCUUAUUCAGAGAUGAAAAUGGUUUUUUCUACCAUUUUAGGAAUUGAGUCAACCAAUACAAGAAACCAUGCCUUGAAUAUUUGAAGACUUCUAUCAGAAUUGAUUGGAAAUGCUGUUCACUAUUGAUUCAUAUAAAAUAAAAUACCUCAGCAAGAAAAUUCUUUAUUAUUUGCCGAGUCUUUGGAAUGGCGCAACAAAGAGGGUCGAAGACGGCUGCAGUGCACGAGUUAUAUUUUUAUUUUUAUUUUUUUGCUUCAUAAAUAACUACUGGCAGCUCAAAUGUAGCAGCUGCAGUGGGAUGGCUUUUGUGAUUAAUGUAUUUCAAAUUUAGUAGUGUACUAUUUUCACCAAUCUCAAUAGAGAGUGGAAAUAAUGUAUCCUCAUUAGAAUUAUUGCAUGUUUGGCAAGUUCAA